AUGCUGACAAUACAUUUUGUGGCAGUGGAACCGGACCGACGCGAAUGGGGAGCAUGGAACUUCGUGGCCUUCUGGAUUGCAGACUCCGCGAAUAUCAACACAUGGAUGAUAUCUUCUUCGAUGAUCGUUUCUGGCCUGUCCUGGUGGCAGUCGUGGAUCUGUGUCUGGGUUGGAUACUUCAUCUCUGGCUGUUUUAUCUGCGCGACCGGUCGAAUCGGCGCCAGGUAUCACAUCUCGUUUCCUGUCGUGUCGAGAGCGUCCUUCGGCAUCUGGGGUUCCCUGUGGCCUGUUUUCAAUCGAGCGGCCAUGGCGUGCAUCUGGUAUGGAGUCCAAGGAUGGAUAGGUGGCGAGUGCGUGACCUUGAUGAUUGAGUCCAUCUGGCCAAGCUAUGCCAACUUGCGUAAUACCAUGCCAGCGGGCUCUGGUACUACAACCAAAGACUUUGUCAGUUUCUUUAUUUUCUGGCUGUGCAGUCUGCCGGCGAUCUGGUUUCCUGUCCACAAAAUCCGGCAUCUUUUCACCGUCAAGUCUUAUUUCACCCCGAUGGCGAUGAUUGCGUUUUUCGCAUGGGCGAUCAAGAGAGCGAAUGGAAUCGGUCCAAUCGUCCACCAGCCAGUCACUGUCCAUGGGAGCGCUCUGGCAUGGGCGGUUAUCAAAGGGAUCAUGUCCUCGAUCGCCAAUUUCGCGACCCUCAUCGUCAAUGAUCCCGAUUCCUCCCGUUUUGCGAGGAAGCCCCGGGAUGCCCUCUGGUCUCAGCUUUUUGCGAUCCCUAUUGGAUUUGCUCUCACCUCGUUUAUCGGAAUUAUCGCCUCUUCCUCGUCGACAGUGCUCUAUGGCGAGACGAUCUGGAAUCCCCUGGAAUUGCUGGGCAGAUUUCUUAAUGGCGCCAGCUCUGGCGAGAGAUUCGGCAUCUUUGUCAUUUCGACCGGAUUCGCGCUUGCGCAGCUCGGCACCAAUAUCGCGGCCAAUUCAGUGUCUGCUGGCACAGACAUGACUGCGCUGAUGCCCCGCUUCAUCAACAUCCGUCGUGGUGGAUAUAUCUGCGCCGCCGUCGGUCUCGCAAUGUGUCCGUGGAAUUUGCUCUCGUCGUCUAACCAAUUCACGACCUACCUGUCGGCCUAUUCAGUGUUCCUCUCCUCGAUUUCCGGGGUUAUCCUUUGCGACUACUAUGUCGUUCGCAAGGGCUACCUUGAGAUCAAGGAGCUUUACAGCGCACGGAAGCGCUCCCCGUAUUACUUUACCUAUGGGUUCUCGUGGCGAGGGUUUGCUGCCUAUAUCGCAGGGAUUCUGAUCAACAUCGUCGGCUUCGCUGGUGCCGUCGGACGCACGGUCCCCAUUGGCGCCCAUUAUAUAUACAAUGUCAACUACUUUGCUGGAUUUAUCGUCUCUUCUGGGGUGUACUAUGUGCUUACCCGCUUCUUCCCGAUCCCUGCAACGAGCGACUCCUGGAAGGAAGUGGAUGUCGAUGUCGAGCAUCUAUCUGUCGCAUACGGCCAAGAGGUCGCCGACGAGGAGAGCAGUCCGGACUACGAAGCCGUCGUUCCGGACGGAAAGAAGGACAGCAAAGGCAGUUUCUCUAGUAGAUCGCCAUUCCCAGUUUGA